CCCCUCUCCUGCGCGGUGCAGAACUAUUCGUGGGGCAAGGUAGGCCUGGAGAGCGAGGUGGCCAAGCUGCUGGCAAGUGGUGACCCUCUGGUCCAGAUCCAGCCUGACCGGCCCUAUGCCGAGCUGUGGAUGGGCACACACCCCCGGGGUGAUGCCAUCAUCCUGGAUAACCGCAUCCCUCAGAAGACCCUGGGCCAGUGGAUUGCUGACAACCCUGCCUGCCUGGGGGCCAAGGUGAAGGACACCUUCCAGGGACAGCUGCCCUUCCUCUUCAAGGUGCUCUCAGUCAACACUGCCCUCUCCGUCCAGGCACACCCCAACAAGGAGCUGGCAGCAAAGCUGCAUGCACAGUUCCCUGAGCAGUAUCCUGAUGCCAACCACAAACCCGAAAUGGCCAUCGCCCUCACACCCUUUGAGGGCUUGUGCGGCUUCCGGCCCGUGGAGGAGAUCGUCUGCUUCCUCCAGAACGUGCCCGAGCUGCGGGCACUGAUUGGAGCGGUGGCCGCGGAGCAGCUGGAGCGCAGCGGCAGUGAUGACCCCCGCGGCGUCUCAGCCGCUCUCCGUGUGUGCUUCACUCGCCUCAUGAAGAGUGAGAAGAAGUUCUUCGUGGACCAACUCAACAUGCUUGUUAAGAGGCUCUCCCAGGAAGCAGCGGAAGGGAAGGACACAUCAGGAAGCAAUGGAGCCCUGCUGCUGCGGCUGCACUCCCAGUACCCAGGGGACAUUGGCUGCUUCACCAUCUAUUUCCUGAACCUGGUGAAGUUGGAGCCGGGGGAGGCCUUGUUCCUGGGAGCCAACGAGCCUCAUGCCUACCUGCACGGAGACUGUGUGGAGUGCAUGGCCUGCUCGGACAACACGGUGCGUGCUGGACUCACCCCCAAGUUCAUCGACGUGCUCACCCUGUGUGAGAUGCUCAACUACACACCAGCACCCAGCAGCUCCAAGAUCUUCGCAGCUGCACAGAGCCAACUUGAUCCCCAUGUCUACCUCUAUGACCCACCUGUGCCAGACUUUGCCAUCAUGAGGAUAGAGAUCCCUGCCUCCAUCAAGCUGUACCUCGUCUCUGCCAUGGACUCUGCCAGCAUCUUGCUGGUGAUCCAAGGGACAGCCGUGGGCACCUCCACAGCCGCAGCCUCCGAGAUGGCCCUGCACCGCGGCUCUGUGCUCUUCGUCUCUGCCAACGAGAGCAUCUCCCUCCACCUGUCUUCUCCCGAGCCUGCUGCCUCCUCUGAGCGGGACCCAGGACACUUCCCUCCCCGUCACUCCACAUUUGAGUAG